CCAUUUCCCCAGCUCGAGUGACACAAACACACCAGGCGAGCGCCGCCGCUGCCCAAGCCAGGAUCUUACAAACCCCUCUCCGCCGCCGCCGCCUUCGCCUUCGCCGCUCCCGGCCCGUCUUCUCGCAGGCGCGCCGAUCCCCUCCCCGGGGACUGCACCGAAAGAAGCGCGCGGGGAAACCCCAGCUUGCAAGCAAGGCGAGGGGAAGGGGAGGGGGGCACGACGCCAGCUUCCUGCUUGCAAAGAAGGGGGGCGGGGGGAGAGAGAGAAGAAGAAGACGAAGAAGAAGACGAGGAGAAGCGGCGGCGGCGGCAGCAGCAGGAACAGCAGCAACAGCAGCAGCAACCCGAGCGUUCCAUCGCCACGUUUUGCCCCAGAAUGCUUGCCGCUCACCGACACUGAAGGAGGCGCAGAUGGGGCCUGCCUCCUAACUCCGGUCCACGGCCCCCUCCCAAAUCCCAAAUCCCAAACCCGCAUCUGUCGUGGCGACCGCGGAGCGUCGCCUCUGGGGGCGGAGCCCACCUUGGUCUCUCCUUAUUGGUUCUGGAUGGAAUUGCGGUGAAUGGAACAGAAGCCCAGCACGGUGGAGUGCCUGUCGGAGCCAGAGGACACCCGGUGGCCGGAUGGGAAACGUAAAAGAAAAAGCAGCCAAUGUUCGGUGAAAAGCAGUAUGUCAGGGUACAUCCCUAGCUACUUGGACAAAGAUGAGCAGUGCGUUGUAUGUGGAGACAAAGCCACGGGGUACCACUACCGAUGUAUCACCUGUGAAGGCUGCAAGGGCUUUUUCCGGCGGACCAUCCAGAAGAAUCUGCACCCGACAUACUCCUGCAAGUACGAUGCCUCCUGCGUCAUCGACAAGAUCACCCGCAACCAGUGCCAGCUUUGCCGAUUCAAGAAGUGCAUUGCCGUUGGCAUGGCCAUGGACUUGGUGCUGGAUGACUCCAAGAGGGUAGCCAAGCGGAAGCUGAUUGAAGAAAAUCGGGAGAGGCGGCGCAAGGAAGAAAUGAUGAAAUCCCUUCAGCACAGGCCGGAGCCAACCACGGAGGAGUGGGAGCUGAUCCACAUCGCCACGGAGGCACAUCGCAGCACCAACGCCCAAGGCAGCCACUGGAAGCAGAAGCGGAAAUUCCUGCCCGAAGAUAUCGGUCAGUCACCUAUGGCCUCCAUGCCCGAUGGGGACAAAGUGGACUUGGAGGCGUUCAGCGAGUUUACGAAGAUCAUCACCCCCGCCAUCACCCGUGUGGUGGAUUUUGCCAAAAAACUGCCCAUGUUUUCAGAGCUGCCUUGUGAGGACCAGAUCAUCCUUCUGAAGGGCUGCUGCAUGGAGAUCAUGUCGCUGCGGGCGGCUGUACGCUAUGACCCCGAGAGCGAGACGCUGACGCUAAGCGGCGAGAUGGCCGUCAAGCGGGAGCAGCUGAAGAACGGCGGCCUGGGCGUGGUGUCGGACGCCAUCUUUGAUCUGGGCAAGUCCCUCUCUGCCUUCAACCUGGACGACACCGAAGUGGCGCUGCUCCAGGCUGUGCUGCUUAUGUCCUCAGACCGCAGCGGGCUGAUCUGCGUCGACAAGAUUGAGAAAUGCCAAGAGACAUACCUGCUGGCAUUUGAACACUACAUCAACUAUCGCAAACACAACAUUCCCCACUUCUGGCCCAAGCUCCUCAUGAAGGUGACCGACCUGCGCAUGAUCGGAGCUUGCCACGCGAGCCGCUUCCUGCACAUGAAGGUGGAAUGCCCCACGGAGCUCUUCCCCCCGCUCUUCCUCGAGGUCUUCGAGGAUCAGGAAGUCUAAGGCGGGGGAGGGGGGCAGACAGGGUGGCGUGGGAGAAUUGGGGAGAUGGGGCAGUUUGGGACUGGGGCGAUGUCUGGACUUCUGGGCCGCGGGGCCUCCCCCCCCCCCAACCUCAUCACCUCGGACACAACAGAUUUUCUCUUUUUUUUGUUCUGUUUUGUUGUUUUCUUUUUUGUUUUGUUUUUUCUAAAUAUUGCACGUCAGCGUCAAUGAAUCACAUGGAAGGGGAGGGCAAGGCAUCGUUGAUGGGGGUCGGGCCACCAAAAAAAAGGUCGAAACUAUACAAAAACAACAACCUUCGUUAUGCGGUAGACUUGUGCAGCAGCCAAUACUUUUUUUUUGUCUAGGCAGACAAACACAAAAAAUUAAGUGGGCAAUAUGUUUCUCACUCACCCCCUGUUUAUCUUUCUUCCUCCAAUACCCUUUUCUCCCAAAGCUGUCUUUCCAGGGUGAGACACCUGUCUUAAAUUUUUUGACACAAUGUUAAGGAAAUUAAUCCAUAUUUUACUCCCUCCCCCAAUAAAACCCCACCUCUUUGCCUUUCUCCUCAUUCAGUAGUAGUUCCCCCACCCCUGACAGCACUGGAACGAGUCGGCACCUCUUCUUUUGCCCUGAUCAAACCUCUCUCGUUUAAACGGACUUGAUUACCAAUAUAUAUAAAUAUAUAUAUGUUUCUUUUGCACAUAACAGUCCCAGGAAACGUCAGAGUGUGUUUGGUUGUUAUAUUCUUGUGUUUUUUCUCUCCUUUUUUUUCCUUUUUAGAACUCUUAGCAUUUAGUUACCCUCCCCAGGAGGCUAAAAUAUAAAAUGCACUUUUUUUGUAAAAGAAAUAAGAUUUUUUUUAAUAAAUAAAAAAAGUUAAGAAAAGGAGCCGAAAGAGAGAGAGAGAGAGAGUGAGAGAAAUCCUAUUAAAUUAUUGGAGGUCGGGUGGGGAGGGGACAUUGCUGCAGGUGGUUUGGCAAAACACAGGCAAUUAAGGAAAGAAAAGAAAGAAACCCCAAAUUGAGGCUUAAGGUCCGCACGGGAAGGACAAAUGCACUUUGGAAACAGGCAAAGGCUCCCCUUCUCCACUCCUCCCCCUAGUGGGAAAAACAGGUGAUUGAAUAAGAGAUCUACUAUAUUUUGCUUCGAAUCGCACUGCAGGGCUGAACCGAAGAGGUGCCUACUUUGCGUUCCAGUGCUGAGGGGGGUCCAGGACACACCUCUGCCUUCCUCCCUGCCCCUGAAACCCACCCACCCCCAUCCCGCCCCAGGCUUCAGCCAAUCUACCUCCAUGUUGGGCAAGGUGGGCUGGUCUAACAGGGCCCCGCCCAGUCUUACACUGCCCCUCCCCAAGCUGAAAGUCCGCAUGCAACGUUCCCAACGGGCUUCGGAAGGGCCCUUGCUCGUUCUUUUGCACACGCUUUCCCCGCGCCGCAUGGCGGUACACUUCUUGCUGCACUAUAAUAACUUUGCUGCCCUCCCUUACGCGCUCUGCUCUCUGGGGAAGCGGCGAGCCCGGGAGCCCGGCUCCUCAGCCCUCCGAGAGAGCCCAGUAAGGGUUGAGUCCUUUCCCCCCCCCCUUUCUCUUUAUUCGUCGUCUUUUUGGGGGGUGUUUUGUUUUUUUCUUUUGCAAAUGGCACUUAUCAAUACAGGAGAAAGGACGGCAUCCCACCCAGACACCUGCAGGCCACCCUAGUAGCAUUAAGAGAUCAGGAGGGUUCCUAACCGAAUGGGGGAAGGUGCCAAGUGUUUGGGGUUUUUUGCCCGCCACUUAAAGAUUUUUCCCCACCCCGUGGCGCCCCACGCCCCAUACACUCUUCAACCUUCAGCGCUGCUGUAGCACAGGUGAACUCAUGGCCAGGGAAGGGUGUCAGGGCUGUGGGGAAAGGCCUUUUGAACUGGCUUCUCCGGGGCAGGGACUAGGGGAUAGCACUGCCUGAUCUAAUCUAGCUCCCCCCCCCCUUUUCAGAGGGGCAUUGGGUCACCCCAUCUUCUGGUGCACUUAUACCUCCUAACCACCCAGGGUGGUCGUGCCAGCCGACCCUAUGCGCCAUGGGCAGAACCAGGCCCCCUUCACAUCAGGAGGCAACAACCAGGUGGGAGGAAGCCCAGCUGGAAACCUGGGUGCAUUUUGGAAAAAAACCGAAUCGGCCAAGCUGGCGCGAGGAAUGCAAAAAAAGAGGAACGCCCCAGGUUUCCGGUCUGGGUCUUGCCUCCGUCUGCCAUUUUAAGCCUUCUUUCCUCCUCCUCCUCCUCCCUCCUUCAUUUUAGCAUUCUGCUUCUCUGUUGAUUCCUGGUUGUUUGGCGAACGGGCAGGUCCUCUGAAGACUUGGGCAGCAGGUAGUCUCAAAGGAGCUUCGCUUUGAGGAGGGAGGACGGAGCGUGGCAGUGAUAGGGCCAGGCUUCCCUCCCACUCCCCAAAGCAGACUUGCCAGCCAGUUCCCAUUGCCAUAGCCCCCCCCCCCCGGGCCUUUCACACAGCUCUCCUGCCUCUGGGUUGGCAGGGGGCAAGGGGGCAGCAGUUGGAGCUUUGGGGGCCGGAUUCAGCUCUGGAAUUUCCCAGUUGCCUGGGAGAAGUGUGGUUUUUUUUGGGGGGGGGGGAGACUACCAGCUUCCCGCUUUCUUCUUCCUGUUUGCUUUCUGCCCUUAAUGCAAACCAGACUGUGAGCCCCUUAUUUUGGCACUUAAUGCUGUUAAUGGGUCAGAACUUUUGCCUGAGCCACAUAUUCUGUGAUACAUCCAUCUCUUUGUAAUCUGUCAGCCAAUCCUCCCCCUCUCUCUCCCUCCCCCCCUUUUUGCAACUGUAAUAUUGGGGGAGCGGGGGAGUGAUAAUCUUUCUCUUUGUGUUGUUUUUUUUCCCCCACUCUCCGCUUCCCUUCCUUUUCUUUCUCUCCUCUGUCACUUGGUUUCCGUUGGAAAAAAGCAAAACCCUUUACCUCUUACCUCAUUCAAGACGCCCGCCGUGGGGAACGUUUUUUUAACGCGAUGGGUUGGGUGCAUGUCAGAUGUACCGUUUUGAAGGUUCAGGGGCCGGCGCAUGGAGAAACACAGCUCCAGUUUAAGCUAAUAUACAGAAAAAAAUAUAUAUAUAAGUAUGUAUAAUUUUUUUUUAAUUAAGAAGAUAAAAUCUUUGUACGGGUCUGUUCACAUAAAAGAAAAAAAAGAAAAGAAAAAUCACGCAAACGAAAUUGGGGUUGGAAGAAAAAAAAGUAGUCUUUUUGUUUUGUUUUGUUUUGUUUUAAUCACCUAUAAAGAUGUGGGAUAUGUUUGGGGGAGGGGAGGUGCGUUGCUGCUGAGCCGAUGGUAUUGAAUAGAGUUUAGAGUUACAGGUUGCCGCCACAGCAUGGUUGGUGAUCUUAGAGGGCUGCGACUGUGCCAUACAGACAUAGGGACUUGGCAUAGGACACAGGUCAUCAGGAGUCCCACUUCUCAGAAAGAAAGCUAAUUCCUAGCCGAUUACGGCUGCAAAGAUAAGCUUGGAAAACCUGGUGAAAUAUCUCAGAGUGGGGCUAAGUGGAAUUUCUCGUGAGGAGGGUAGGAGAGCACAAGGCUCCAUUGCAGAAGCGGAAUACAUUAUGCAAAAUAAGCACACAUAAUGCAGUUUUGCUCAAUUAUUCAGCUUUUCUUAGCACAGCAUCCAGCUAUGCUCGAUGUGAGAUUUAGAUGUCCAUUUGUUUUAAAAGUGCAGAGUAAACACAGUCCUAGUUGUAUUCCCAUCAACUGCCCCCCCCCAUGGGAAUUGCAGCUGUGUCUAUUGAAAUUGUUUAUCUUGGGGGCGUGCAGUUGCCGAAUUCUUGGCCCGGAAGAUGUGAGUUAAUCUGUUGAAAUGCAGGGUGGGGGCCCUCUGGUGGUCGGCUUCUUGGGAGUCAAAACAUCUCCCAGUCCCUCACAGAGACUGGGACAGUCUUGCCCGAACCACCCACAAAACCUAAUGCCCAUGCAAUAAUAAUUAGAAAAGUAUCCAAAGACGAGGGACUCCACAACCUGGUUAGUCGACUUUUUAGCCUGCCAUUUUCUCCUUGUGCUUAAAUUGCGACAUAAAACUUCCUGUCCCCUGUCUGUGCACAUACACAGAGCAGCCCUAUAAAUAGAAGCUUAGAUUCCUUCAUGCUCAGUCUUGCCUGUCCACAAAAGACACUGAGAAGCAGCCAGCACACAUGAAUAACUUAACUCUGCCCCUUCUUGCUGCAGACCCAGUAAUUCUGCUCCUCCCUGAUUUCCGCUCCACUAAUUUUUAAAACCUGUUGUGACCCCCAGACAACCAAUCCUGCAAGCCUGUUAUAAGCAAGCAUUACAGAGGUCUUUUCGCACUUAAAACACUUCCCUUCUUGCAUUAAUACCUGUACCUUGCAAUGAGCUUAAGAAUGCUCUGCGUGUGUUUGUAGGUGUGUGUGUGCGUGCCUGCCUGCCUGCCUGCCUGUCCAUCCCAAAACCUUUAUGCAAUUAAAGCUGCAGUCCUAUGCAAUUUACCCAGGAUUAAGUCCCACUGAAACCACCUGGACUUUCUGCUUAGUAAACACGCAUAGGAUUGAUCUACUAGGCUCUGAUCCUCUCUCAAAGGCUUCGGAGGAAGUCACAGUAUCUCGGGAGCUUCUAAACAGGGAACCAAGAAUCCAUCAUAUGAGCAUAGGAACCUGCCUUAUACAAACCUGCCCAUUGCUCCGUCUAAUCCAGGCUUGCCUAGCCUUACUAACGGCAGCCUUCCCUAGGCGUCAAGAGAGGUCUUGCCCAGAUUUUGUACCUAGCGAAACACAAUGCAGAUCUGUGAAGAGUCUCCUAGCAGUUUGGGGUCCCCCCACCCCCCCGAGAAUCAGACUAUGACUGGAGCAGCAACAGCAAGGGCAUGGGCCAUAUUGCCCAUCAAAAUCCCACCCCAUUUCCUUGCCAAAGAAGGGGAAGGGGAAGACUCAUGGUCCUUUAGUUUGAUAUCCUAUUGCUGGAGGCGACAGGGGUUGGACCUCCUUCCUGCAAGGCAUACGCUCUGCCCCUGAGCUAUCAGCCUUCCUCCAUAAGAGAACAUUUGGCUGAGUUCCAACCACGCAUGCAGCCAUACCCACCCACAAAUCUCUAUACCCAGCUUCCUCUCCCCUUGAUAUUGCAUCCUUUCAAACACUCAAGAAUUCCGUGAAUGGUUACUCCUUAAUCUGCUAUCUUCCUGCUAUGCAAGAAAUCCUUCAGAGGGGCAGAGUUAGAACACUCUGGACUCGCUGCUCCCCACUCUUUUUUUACAUCCUUCCUCCCUGUGCAUCUUCUGACCACCACCACCACCCAGCCCGUGACACAGUUUUGCAUGGGGCUGUCCUCUUUCUCUCACUCUGUCAGAAUUCUCCACCAGCAGAAAGGGAUGAAUGGGAUGGCAAGUAAAGCUCUGCUGUCUGGUCAUGAAUGAGCUGCAACAGCCGUUUCCAUUGAACUGGAUCUCGCUUCAUGAACUGAGGCCCAUCAGUCCAUCAAUUGCGCCCACUGCUCCACUGGUGAUGCCUCCUCACUCGCACCCUCCUGCCUCGUUCUUCUGUUUUACUUAACGCAUCCUCCAGAAAAACAAACAAACACGAAGGUUCCUCAUGCUUAGUCACAUCUACUCUGGCAGGACUCUUUGCUACCAGAGAUCGUUCCGUUGGAAACAUGGGGGGGGGUGAACCUUCAUAUGUUUUACAAUGAGAUCUGCCACUGAUCCGCAGCCCUUCCCCAACUCAAACUUGAUUUUCUUUUCCUUCAAAAGAUUAAAUGAAGUCAGUAUUACUGUAAUGGUCAGUAUUUCAAACCCAAAGCCUAAGGAGUGCAACAGAUAUUUUCGCACAUGUCUCAAAAUGUUUGGAAUGGCCUUCGAAUGGAAUAUUGAAUGGAUUUCCAUCUCCUUUGAAAUGGGGGAAGGUGGCAAAUGGAACCCCCAACAGGGAGGUAUUUUUCAAUAUCUUCAGAGAUUCCGAUGAUUAGCUGGCACCCCAGGCCCUGAUCUUACAUUCCUGAUAAAGGACAGAACAUGCUAAGAAAGCUGCAACUUCCACGAAGUUAUCUGUAACAUAUUCUGAUAAAGGUGGGUUAGUACUCCCACCCACUCCUGCCCCAUUUCAAAACCAUUCUGGCACCGUGGCCAAAAACCGCAUCUCCCAGUCUGUUGAAAAAACAUGCCUUUUCUUGGGCCUCAUGCAUCCUCAUCAGUUGAUGACUGCGACAUCAAGUGAUGGCUUAUUUUUGUGAAUUGGUUACCACCAAGUAGAAUAUUCAUGUCCCAUUGUGAAUGAUGCUUUUUCCUGAGUGAGUUGACACAGUCGGCAUCAUACAUGUAUGAAACACACCUUGGGCUGGGGAUUAAUGAGAAGUGAACAUGGUUCGUGGGAGAUUUUGCUUACACACACACACCCCUUUGUUCCACUGUUGACUGUAGUGGAAAACUUUUUAACGUUUAGAUGGGGUCUGCUGUUGACAUUUAUGCCAUAUCCCUAAAAACUUAUUGCUCCAGGAAUAAUUGCUCCCAUGGUCUUUGUGCAAUCACGCAUAUGGGAUCCUCUGCACCUGUGUAGAGAAGCAUUUUGGAAACUUACAGAGUUUCAUGUAGUGUUCUAGCCCCUGCACUCAAAAGCAGGGAAGCCCCUUAUGCUACCGCUGACCUGAGGGCAGGGAGAACACUUCCUUCCCUCAGUUAUUUCCUCUUCAGCCUAUUCCUCUCUUUUUCCACGUUUCCAACCCCCGCCAAAAAAGCAGUGUAAUGGGUAGACUGAUCAGCUAAAGUGCAAGUGAAUGAAUUCAGUUUCUUGGGUUGUAGAACCAUGUAUGUUUCAGACCGGCCUUUGCCAAGUGGCCCAACCCAAAUGCCCUCAGAAAUGGUUUGCACUGCAACUCCCACAGUCCCAAGCCAGCACCGUUGACAAAGGAUGUUGCAGACACUCCAAACAAUGAUCCCCCUCUUUUAAAACCACCUUAAACUCUGAUAAAUUUGCCACCAGCCAUAACUCUCGCAGGGUCUAGAGAGGAAACAGGAGUGUGUUAACAUUUGCAAACAUUUCCCCACAAUUCAUCGUAUUGGAAAUGGGAGCUUUACUGCUGCCGUUGUGUUUGCUUAAAGCACACAAGCAAAAACAGACAGACAAACACAGGCUCCUGCUAUGAGUGUUGUUGCUGCUGCUUGCAAAAAUGAUCUGCAGUAUUUUGAGAGUCACAAAUGCUCUUAGGUUCCUCUUCAGUAUGCAGCUACAGUGGCCACAUGCAAAAAGACCUUGGGUAGAGAAGGAAAUUUUAGCCACAGCUUUUCCCACCCCACCAAAACACAACACAACAAAACCCUUCAGUGCAGCUAUUAAAUGUAGCAGGUGCCCUCUUGUCCGUGGCAUCUGCUCCACCCUACUGCAGCAGCAAUACUACUGUUUCCAUGUGAGGACACACACACACAUGCGCACUGCCCUGAGAACUUGUUUUGGGCAUCAGAACUGCCAGUUUGCUAGGCAGGCUCUCAAAAGUGCUCCCAGCUCCAGCCUUCAGUUUUGUGACUCUGGAGUUUUGUGACCUCCCUUCUGCUUUACCUUUUGCACGCAGGCGGAAAUUCCAGCCAAAAGCCUGCAUGGGAAGACUUGGCACUUUCUGCUGUUUUGCUGCUCCGUUAUCAAUCUUGAAAGGGUAACAAAUCACCAUUCUUUUUUGAUCCCUGGUUCAUCUUCUGUGGUCAAGCCUAAGUCACCCAAGUAUACAGAAAAGCACGUGGCAAGUAGCUGCUCUUUCAUCAACUUAUUCACCAAUCUACCUCCUCCGUUUGGAAGAAAAGUCCCUCUACCCACCACUGUGUGUG